AUGUACAAUCCUAAUACUUCAAAUACUUUGAAUACUUUGAAUACUUCGAGUCAAUCUCGGAAUACCAAGAAUUUCUCGACUGGAGAAAAUCAUCCUGAAGAAAAUGAUGAACCCCUAGAAGAUCAAGUUUUUCUUCUACCUCGUGGUCAUGUUCCGCAAGCAUACCUUGAUUUGUCAAACACUGACAUGGCUAGCAUGGAUAUACAUCUUCCAGAAAGCAACGUAGGUUACAAGUUAUUAACAAAAAUGGGCUGGAAAGCUGGUCAAGGACUUGGAAGCUUGCAACAAGGGAGAAAAGAACCAAUUCGUAUAGAUACAAAGUCUGAUUGUUUAGGUGUCGGAAAACUUGAGGAAGAAAAUUUUUAUCACGUAGUUAGUACUGCAAAACGCAAAGCAUUAGACAGUGAGAAAAUCGCAGAAGAAACAGAGGAAGAACGUCAACAAAGACAGAACAAAGUACAAAAACAGGAAUCCAUUAAAAAGGAAUUAGAAAUUAUCAAUUCUGCUUUCUAUUGCGCAUUAUGUGAUAAACAAUAUACAAAAAUAACGGAAUAUGAAACGCAUUUGAGUUCAUAUGACCAUAACCAUCGCAAGCGAUUCAAAGAAAUGAAAGAGACUAUAAAUCGUCCAGUUGCGAAAUUAGACAAAAAACGUGAAAAAGAGAGAAAGAGAGAAGAAAAAGAAAUGGCACGGUUACAACAAGCCGCACUCCAAAAGGUUGUAAAUAAAUCUUCAUUUGCCAAGGGGACUGUUGACGAUGAGAUACCUUGUUCUGAAACUGUUAAAAGCACAAACACUAUGAAAAUUUCUUUUAAGAACAAAAAUGCAAAAUACUAA